UGCAGUGGACGCUGGUGUGUGACGGAGAGUGGAAGGUUCACAUCGCCAAGUUCUCUCUGUUGGUCGGGUCCAUCUUCGGGUACUUGCUGAUGGGAGCGAUGGCAGACUGGUUGGGCCGUAUCCCAGUUCUGCUGGUGUCGGUGCUGUCGGUGCUGGUGUUCGGGUUAGCCGUGGCGUUCUCCGUGGAUAUGGCCAUGUUCAGCACGCUGCGCUUCUUCGAAGGAUUCUGUCUGGCGGCCAUCAGACUGACCCUUUAUGUCCUGAGGAUUGAGUUGUGUUUGCCCAAAUGGCGUUUCUCCAUGACCAUGAUCGCCAGUCUGAUCAUCGUGGGCGGGCAGAUGCUGAUGCCCGGUUUGGCGGCGCUGUGCCGUGAUUGGCAGAUUCUUCAGAUUGUAAUCAUCGCUCCAUUUGUGCUCAUGCUGCCGUACGUCUGGAUGUUCCCCGAAUCCCUGCGCUGGUUGUUGGCCACUCAACAUUACCAAAGAGCCAAGAGACAAAUGUACCGAAUCGCCCAUAGCAACGGCGUCGACACGGCAACCGACCCCAGCGGCAUCCUCUCAGAGCUGGAGACAGAACUGCAACAGAAGCCAAAGACGUCGUGCGUAACGCAACUGACCGGCACCCGAAACCUGUGGAAGAACACCGUAGUGCUGUGUGUGAACUCGUUGACGGGCUACGGCAUCCAUCACUGUUUCGCUCGCAGCGUUCUGGAGGAAAGCGAGUCUCAUCUGCACUAUUACGCAGUGGCGGCGAUCGCGUUCGCCUCGAGUGUGUUGGUGUUUCCGGUGGUGGGAGGAUUCGGCAGGAGAGGAGGACUACUAACAUUCAUGAUCAUCACAGCGUUAGCAUCACUGCUACAGCUCGGCCUGCUCAACCUGAUCGGGAAGUACAGUCUUCGGCACGAUGCAGUUCUGCGAGACACCCUGAAUCGGCGCUUCUCGUACGCGUUCUCCAUCAUCGGGAUGUUCUCGUCUCACGCUGUCAGCACGCUCAGCAUCUUUUACUGCGCAGAGAUCACACCGACUGUCAUCAGGGGUGGAGGCGUGGGUCUGGUCCUCGCGAGCGCAGGGUUCGGCAUGCUAACAGCCCCGCUCAUGGAGCUCCACAAUCAGAAGGGUUUCUUCCUGCAUCAUGUGAUCCUCACCUGCUGCACGCUGCUCUGCAUCAUUUGCAUACCGUUGCUACCGGAAACCGCUGGCCAACCACUGCCUGAGACUAUCGCUGAGGGGGAGGGGCUUCUGAGGAGGCCCAUCCUCCCCGGAGAACAGCACCACCUCCUGGCCAGAACCGAGGUGCGGGAAUACUCACGCGUUCAGGACACGCCCCUUCACCAGGUCGUCAACCCCGGCAACGGCUCGGUGCCUAGCAACAGUACAGCCAACGGCGUGAGGACUUCAUGACGGCAUUUUCUAAGAACGGCCAAUCGGAGACCAGCGUGAGCGAUCGGUUCGAUUGAGAAAGAAAGAGUUUCAUUCGUUCGGUUUUUUAAAAGCCGCGUACGGAGACGGACAGAUGUGCUGAUAAAGUGUCAAACGCCUCAUUAACCAGCAGAAAAGAAACUGAAAAUGUUAUUUAAAACUUGCAUUCAGCGAAAGGAGUUCUAUUUUUCGAACGGCCACUAAUUUAACGUCACCGAACAACAACCUCAUGGAGGAGUUUCACUGAUUUGAAUGUGCUUUUUUGUAAGUUUGGUAAAUGUUUGGUAUUUAUUAAGGACAGAAUGACGACGAUAGGAAACGCCGCGCCUCAUUCAGGACACGAGUGAACAUUUGUUUGUGUUACAGGGCUUG